CACGCUUUCCCAGAGCUCGGUGGUUUAAAGAUGGCGGCGGCGGCGGCGGCGCUGGGGACGCGGAGCCGCGGGAGCAGGAGGGGAGGAGAGGAGGGUCUGUGAGUCGCCGAGAGGCAGCGUGAGGAGUGCGGGUGCGGAGCCGCCGGCCACCCGGCUCCCCAGGGCCGGGGCCAGGACUGGCACGGAGGCCGAAGCAGCCCCAGGAGCCCGAGGCCGGAGCCGGGGAGGAAUGUGACCGGGGGUCGGCGGGGGCGCGGGAGUUGGCGAGCGCAGGGAUGGGGCAGCAGGUGGGCCGCGUCGGGGAGGCUCCGGGGCUCCAGCAGACGCAGCCCCGCGGGAGCCGGGGCAGCAGCGCCGCCAGGCCGUCCGGCCGCAGGCGGGACCCGGCGGGGCGCACCGCCGCGGAGGCCGGCUUCAAUAUCUUCACCCAGCAUGAUCACUUUGCCAGCUGUGUGGAGGAUGGAUUUGAGGGAGACAAGACUGGAGGCAGUAGUCCAGAAGCCUUGCACCGCCCCUAUGGCUGUGAUGUUGAACCCCAAGCACUGAAUGAGGCCAUCAGGUGGAGCUCCAAGGAGAACUUGCUGGGAGCCACUGAGAGUGAUCCUAAUCUCUUCGUUGCACUUUAUGAUUUUGUAGCAAGUGGUGAUAACACACUGAGCAUCACUAAAGGUGAAAAGCUACGAGUCCUUGGUUACAAUCAGAAUGGUGAGUGGAGUGAAGUUCGCUCUAAGAAUGGCCAAGGUUGGGUGCCAAGCAACUACAUCACCCCAGUAAACAGUCUGGAAAAACAUUCCUGGUACCAUGGACCUGUGUCACGCAGUGCAGCUGAGUAUCUGCUCAGCAGUUUAAUCAAUGGCAGUUUCCUGGUGCGAGAAAGUGAGAGCAGCCCCGGGCAGCUGUCCAUUUCGCUCAGGUACGAGGGGCGUGUGUAUCACUACAGGAUCAAUACCACCACGGAUGGCAAGGUAUACGUGACCGCCGAGAGCCGCUUCAGCACCUUGGCAGAGCUUGUCCACCAUCACUCCACAGUGGCUGAUGGGCUGGUGACCACAUUGCACUACCCCGCACCCAAGUGUAACAAGCCUACAGUUUACGGUGUGUCCCCCAUCCAUGACAAAUGGGAAAUGGAACGGACAGAUAUUACCAUGAAGCACAAGCUUGGGGGUGGUCAGUAUGGAGAGGUUUACGUUGGCGUCUGGAAGAAAUACAGCCUGACGGUUGCUGUGAAAACAUUGAAGGAAGAUACCAUGGAGGUGGAGGAGUUCCUGAAAGAAGCUGCAGUGAUGAAGGAAAUCAAGCAUCCUAAUCUGGUACAGCUAUUAGGUGUGUGUACUUUGGAGCCACCAUUUUACAUUGUGACGGAAUACAUGCCGUAUGGGAACCUCCUUGAUUACCUCCGAGAAUGUAACCGAGAAGAGGUGACUGCAGUUGUACUGCUUUACAUGGCCACGCAGAUCUCUUCUGCAAUGGAGUAUUUGGAGAAGAAGAAUUUCAUCCAUAGAGAUCUUGCAGCCCGGAACUGCCUAGUGGGAGAAAACCAUGUGGUAAAAGUGGCUGACUUCGGCUUAAGUAGAUUGAUGACUGGAGAUACCUACACUGCUCAUGCUGGAGCCAAGUUUCCUAUUAAAUGGACAGCACCAGAGAGUCUUGCCUACAAUACCUUCUCAAUUAAAUCUGAUGUCUGGGCUUUUGGGGUACUGUUGUGGGAAAUUGCUACCUAUGGAAUGUCACCAUAUCCUGGUAUUGACCUGUCUCAGGUCUAUGAUCUACUAGAAAAGGGAUAUCGAAUGGAACAGCCUGAAGGAUGCCCCCCUAAGGUUUAUGAACUUAUGAGAGCAUGCUGGAAGUGGAGCCCUGCUGACAGGCCCUCUUUUGCUGAAACACAUCAAGCUUUUGAAACCAUGUUCCAUGACUCCAGCAUUUCCGAAGAGGUAGCUGAGGAGCUUGGGAGGGCCGCCGCCGCCUCAUCUGUUGUCCCCUACCUGCCCCGAUUACCUAUACUUCCCUCCAAGACGCGGACGCUGAAGAAGCAGGUGGAGAACAAGGAGAAUAUCGAAGGGUCCUUAGAAGCCACCGACAAUUCUGCUUCCAGUUCAGCACCAGGGUUCAUUAGAAGUGCACAGGUCCCCAGUGGGUCCCCAGCACUGCCUCGAAAACAAAGAGACAAGUCACCCAGCAGCCUUUUGGAAGAUGCUAAGGAGACGUGCUUCACCAGGGACAGGAAGGGAGGCUUCUUCAGCUCCUUCAUGAAAAAGAGAAACGCUCCCACACCCCCCAAACGCAGCAGCUCCUUCCGAGAAAUGGAGAACCAGCCCCACAAGAAAUAUGAACUCACGGGUAACUUCUCAUCUGUUGCUUCUCUACAGCAUGCUGAUGGGUUCUCUUUCACUCCCGCCCAGCAAGAGGCGAAUCUCGUGCCCCCCAAGUGCUAUGGGGGGAGCUUUGCACAGAGGAACCUCUGUAAUGACGACGGUGGCGGGGGAGGGUGGUCUGGCAUCACAGGCUUCUUUACACCACGCUUAAUCAAAAAGACACUGGGCUUACGAGCAGGUAAGCCCACAGCCAAUGAUGACACUUCCAAGCCUUUUCCAAGGUCAAACUCUACAUCUUCCAUGUCCUCAGGGCUUCCAGAGCAGGAUAGGAUGGCAAUGACCCUUCCCAGGAACUGCCAGAGGUCCAAAAUCCAGCUGGAAAGGACAGUGUCCACCUCUUCUCAGCCAGAAGAGACUGUGGACAUUGCCAGUGACACGCUUCCCAAAAAGUCAGAGGAAGGUGCUGCUCCAACUAAAGAGAGACCAAAAGCCAAACUUUUGCCCAGAGGAACCACAGCUCUUCCCCUAAGAACCCCUUCUGGGGACCCAGCCCUUACAGAGAAGGACUGUCCAGGGGCGGGGGCAGCUGGAGGAGCAGCUGCCCCAAAGAGCAAGGAGAGGAAUGGUGGGGCGCGCCUUGGCAUGGCCGGAGUCCCGGAGGAUGGCGAGCAGACAGGCUGGGCUUCUCCAGCCAAGGUUGCGGCCAUCCUCCCCACCACUCACAACCACAAAGUGCCCGUCCUCAUCUCCCCCACUCUGAAGCACACUCCAGCCGACGUGCAGCUCAUCGGCACGGACUCUCAGGGGAACAAAUUCAAGCUCCUAUCUGAGCAUCAGGUCACGUCCUCUGGAGACAAAGACCGGCCCCGACGGGUAAAACCAAAGUGUGCCCCACCCCCACCGCCAGUGAUGAGGCUUCUGCAGCAUCCGGCUGUGUGCUCAGACCCCACGGAAGAGCCGGUGGCCCCGGCGGCCGGACAGCCCGCAUCAGAGACACAGGAAGGAGGGAAGAAGGCAGCUCCGGGGCCAGUGCCCGUCAGUGGGAAAGCUGGGAGGCCUGUGGUGCCUCCACCUCAAGUGCCUCUGCCCACAUCUUCCGUCUCGCCGGCCAAAAUGGCCAACGGCACAGCAGGUACUAAAGUGGCUCUGAGAAAAACCAAACAGGCAGCUGAGAAAAUCUCCGCAGACAAGAUCAGCAAGGAGGCCCUGCUGGAAUGUGCUGACCUGCUGUCCAGUGCAAUCUCGGAACCGGUGCCCAACAGCCAGCUGGUGGACACGGGGCACCAGCUGCUUGACUACUGCUCAGGCUACGUGGACUGCAUCCCUCAGACUCGCAACAAGUUUGCCUUCCGAGAGGCCGUGAGCAAACUGGAACUCAGCCUGCAGGAGCUGCAGGUGUCUUCAGCCACUGCGGGCGUGCCCGGGGCAAAUCCUGUCCUUAAUAACUUGCUGUCGUGUGUACAGGAAAUCAGCGAUGUGGUGCAGAGGUAGCCACUGGUAGACUACUGGAAGAGGCACAUGUUUCUGAGGGGACAGGGGAAGGGACUUGUUUUCCUGUGUUCUUGUUUUCAAAAAAUGAAAGACUGAUACUUGAGUGUGUUUAUGUGAAGUACCUCAGCUCUCUGAGAUCUCACGUUUACAGGUUCAUCUCAAAAAUAACAAAACGCAAAACUCAUAGGAGAGGGAAAUUGGAGGGACCGGGCAGUGGUGGACAGGAUUGGAAGCUGCACUGGAAUAUCAGGGAAUGUGUGUACGUGGCUGUGAAGAACCAGAUCCAGCCAUUCUGAUCUGGAGUGUUGCGAGGUGGUUAGACAGGGCUGCCCGUGGCAGUGCCGUGAGACCACCCAGACGGGCCUGGCUGCAGCACUCACUGUCCCGCGCAGAGGAGACUGGCUGAGGGCUCCAGUAGGUACUGAUGAUGAUGUCCCGCCUCACUAGGGAAGUCAAUGGAACCGAAGAAAAGAGAGCUGGGAAGGUGCUAAGUGAAGUUUCAUCCAAGGCUGCUGGAAGCAGCUAUUAGCCUUGCUUCCCCAAGGUCAUUGCUGCAGUAAGAACUGCAAAUGAAAUUGCUGGAAUUACAAAACCAGAAAGGUGGCCCUAUCUGUUGCUCCUCUCCAGUUUCCCAUUGAUGUGUUAAUUGGAGCCAGAAGUAAAGAAAUCUAGGAAGUACAGUCAGGGAGCUUGAAAGCUCCUAAAAUCUCACGUUGAUCAGCACAAGUCACUUGUCCCAGGCUAGUAUGUUGUAUCCUAAUGGACCAGGAUUAUAGGGGUCUCUACUGGUUCCUCUCUGCCUCCUGCUGGGCAGGCCGUCUUCCUUUAUUCCUGCAACAUUCAGGCAUUAGCCAACACUGAUUUUGAAAUUAGUGGUCAUGGACAGGUUCUCACAGGGAAUCCUUUUCCGAUACAGUGCCCUGCAUACUGACAUACUAGUCAAAGACUUGGGAAGCUGUGUAUUUAGUUACCAACUAAAAUAUCCAAGAAAGGGGCUCUCCUUGGAACCCAGCAGCCAGGCCCAGAGGCCUAUGACUGAGGAGAAGCUGGUUUGGUCCUAGUGGCUGUUUCUCUGUACCUUUCCCUCCUUCACCUUAGACCCGGUCUGGGUAGAAAGUAGAGAGAAGCACACACCCCCUCUGGAUUUCAGAUGAAUCACCCUAAAUUAUUCUCACAUGCCCACUCUCCCCCCCCCCCCCAUUGUUGUGCUUGUUUGUAAAGAUCACAUUGGGAAUAUUCUUUGAUAUUUAUUUCAAUAACAUUUUAAGAGAGUAUAAUUGAAGAAGCACAUCAUUUCUAGGAAAAACCAAUUAGAUCCUGGAAAUCUAAUGACUUAACCCUCAAAUAUAUUUUGCCUUUGAAAAAACAGGCCUUUUCCUUCCCUACUCAUUCAUAACUAUGGAAGCUAAUUAGGAUUGCAGGGAGCUGAACAGUAGAUAUUAUAAAUAUUCCCAAUAUCAGGUCUAACCCCAGUUACCACUUCAUUCUGUUUUUAAAGCUUUGUAACUCCCUCCCCCAAGGAGAACCCAAUACAAAAAAAAAUAAAUUAUUUUUUUCCUUCCAAAGGAAUAUUAACUUAGGAAGAUAGGAAUUCAGCAUCGGUGAGCAGUGAAUUUUCUUCCUGCUUCUGUCAUCGAUCCACUGUCAAGCCACAGCCCCAUCUCUAAGUCUGUUAAAUGAAGGUAAUGAUACAUGUUCUCAUGGGUGUUUCACAAAUAAGGGUGUAGUUCUCCCUCUCAGAGCCUCCCUGCCAUGCUAUUUAGUGCAGUGGUGGUAUGUUGAGUGGUUUUCAGUCUCUCCUAUGCUCAGUAGCCAAUCAUGAAAUUUAGAGCUGUUGAGAUUACAUUAAUAGCGCUAGAAUACUAAUAGGGAAAAACUAUGUUUUGGACAGAAUUUGAUAUCUUUGACCAAGGACUACAUUUAGUUUUCAUCAGAAAGAAGGGAAACCUUGGUUCUUAUCAUGGCUGCCGAAAGGAGGCCCCGGCCAAGGAAGGACUGGAAGGCAGGGGACAGCCUGGGCAUUCCUCGCUGGGGGUGGUCUCGGUCUGGUUCCUGAGGAGGCAGCAUAGGCAGCUAGCGGUGUGCUCCGUCUCCUUGCAGCGGCUGGAAGAGAACCUAGCGUUCCUUUCAAUGUGGGUUUAAAAACCAGCAGUCCAGCUCCUAUCUCCUUCCUAGCCACUUCCCUUCAUUACACACUUCCAUAAACUUGAAAUUGUUUUAGCAAGUAGCCUUUUAAGGGUGGGGCAGGGAAAGCUAAAACUUUAGAAUAUUUAAUGCUGCUUUUUAAGUUUAUCCCUGUCAUUAUGGGAUGCAAGUUGAGGGAUUAUAAUUGUUUUUCAGGGGAAUUUUUUUUUCUUUUUUUUUUUUUUUUCUAAGCAAGGGAUCUUUCAUCGAGAGCUCUGAGAAUAGGCCUUGGAAGAACACUACUGAGUGUAUUUAAGCUCCAGAUUUCUCACCGAAAUAGUCUUGAGGGUGGGGGCUGUGUGUUACUCAGGGGUGGCACCUGGCUCUGUCUUGCCUACAGUAGGUGCUCAGUAAGUUAAUGAACUGCGUUUUCUCAACACUGUCAGUAGUAGCAUUGACUUUUGCAGCACUCCCAUCCACAUGAUGCUUGAACUGUGGAACUUCAGGAUUGAGAGCUCAGGGUUAAGGUUAAAGAGGCACUGUCAACUUAUAAAAGUAAUAGAGGUCUUUCCUUUUUCUACUUGAAAAGAAUUAAAAAAUAACCUUAAGUAAAUUUAAAAGUUUGAAUUCAAAGCAGAGAAAACUGCUUUUUAGAAAUUAAAAAAUGUAGUUUAAUUCUAAUUGGUGAAAAAGCAAAGCAGAGAGCAGGAGCAAAAAGACAAUGUUGAAAACUUUAUAAAAUGGUUAUAUAUGUGUGUUGUGUGUGUGUGUGUGUGUAUAUAUAACCACACACACACACAUACACACACUCCUUUGGGCUAUGACAAUUUGAAUACCUUCAUAUACAUAUAAUACAAUUUCAGUUUAGAUUUCCUACCUUAAAAUACAAUAUUUUGUGUAGAAUACAUCUUUAUUGUGCUUUACAUUAAGUAUUUUCUUAAAAGGCUUUGUGUAAAAUUAAAAUGUGUGUAUUUUCUGUUGACUGCCAUUGUAAUUUUCAGAGAUAUAGCCUUAAAAAAAUGGCCCUAAGAAGUUCUUUCAGUGUUUUUCCAGAUGACCUCUGCACAUUGAGGUCUAUACGUGGAGCCACUUGCUCAGCUGCAUUUUGGGGUUUAAAUUAGAAUUUUCUUACAAUUCAAUUGAAAGUUGGCUAAUAAAAUAGUGCCCGGUUAAUGAAAUAUGCUCUGCUAAGUCAUAGCCCAUAUUUAUUUAAGUAACGUAAUGGAGCUUUUGAGUUGAGGAUACAGUAUAGACAGUGAUUAAGAGCUCAGACUCUAAAGCCAGUCCAGAAGGCAAGUCAUUUAAUCUCGCUGAGCCUUAGUCAUUUAAUCCUUCCUCAUUGGAAAACCGGAAUAAUAAUAGUAACUACCUCAGGUUGUCAUAAGGAUUAAAUGAUAAUAUAUGUAAGAAACUAGCUUCCCUGCCUGGCAUAUAAUGAGCACUCUAUAAAUGUUAAUGACCACUAUUAUGAUUGAUAAACUUGGUCCAACGAAUCUUAGCCAGGAAUGUGCAACAAAACCUUCUGUGUUUAAAAACAAAAUAAAAUCUGAUGAUUGAUGAGAAUUUCCAAUGGGGUGAGGUCUCAGCCAGAGUGUUUUAUAAGAACCCUGCCAGUUGUUUCCGACACCCAAGCUGUCUGAACACUUACCAGCAUCCCACCUUUUUCUUUAGAGCUUAAGGUUGGAAGAGAAGGUAGUUAAUUAGUGGCAGAGCUCACUCUCUCGACUUUCUGGUUGUGGGGUCCCCCGCCAUUCCUGCUGCCUUGUGAGACACUGCAGAGAAAGUGGCUCAGAUAGACAAUCAGCCUGCACAGCGCUGCACACUCUAAAGCACAUGCUCCUGGCACCCUCUGACCUUCGGGGGCUUGAAUGUUGAGUAAUGGCAAUACUAGCAAAGCAGGCAAUCUUCAGAAGUCAGGAAUUUAAAAUCGGUAUGGAGUCAUUCUUUGGGACAGACCUCAGCAGCACAGCAAUCUGCACUUUGUAAUAAAGAAAUACCAACUUAAGUUUAAAAAAAAACUAGUCCUACAUUCCUCUUUC